AUGUACAAUCGCUACGAUUUUUCGGUUAGAAGUUACCAAGCCCUUCGCAAAGAUAGAGCAAAUGAGAUUAGCGAGGAGGAUCGAAAACAGAUGAUUAUUCCUCCAAAGUCAUCAAAUGGUCCAUGGACCGUUCUGUCAUUUGUUGGUCAAACCUCAGGAUACGAAGUCAAGGUUUCCCAGGGUGGUCUACCAUGCAAGCACAUGUAUCUGUUAGGAUUACACACAGGCUUGAAGACCAAUUAUGAAGACGAUGAUUCUGACAUGUCCGAAGACUAUGAGGAUUAUAGUAAUUCAGAUGAUGAAGACGACGACUACGACGAUCCAGAAGAUGUGCCAGACAUUGUAGACGAAUACAUGGAUGCCAGUAAGGCCCUAGAAGAAUCACACGAAGAGCUGUUGGAAUUGGGUCAAUAUAUUACUUCCCGUGAAGCAAAUAAGCUCCUCAAGGCCUACAACAAGGCUUUGGAAACCCUUAUGGAUUUAAAAGAGAAAUAUGCGGUUGAACUUUCCAUGAAAGACAACUAA